AUGGCUGCCACUGUGUCCGUGAAGGUCCUCAGCUUGGCAGGCGAGGUCAUCUGCACCCUCCCUGCUGAGAGCAGCGCCACCAUCCAUGGCCUCAAGGCACAGAUUGCCGAUGUCCGCGGAACGCCCGUCGAGUUGCAAAGCUUGAUCCUGGAAGACCAUGCGCUCGAGGACAAGAGAACCCUGGCAGAACUGGGCUGGCACGAGGCCGUUGAGGUCUACCUCGUGGAGCGGGGCAUCGACUUCGAGGGCCACCUCCAGCAGUUGCGGCCGGGCGUGGGUGGCGUCCGUGGGGCGUCGCUGCCUCUGCCUGCAGAGGAGCUGCAGGUCGUGUGCGCCAAGGCGCGGGCGGCCUUCCUCCGGGAGCCGAUGCUCCUGGAGCUCGAAGCACCUCUGACUGUCUGUGGGACAUUGACGGGGUGCCAAGUGGGGCUCCUGAGCAAGCUCUUCUCCCGCUUCGGCGAUCCUGGGCAGACGCGCUACCUUUUUCUGGGGAACUAUGUGAACCGGGCGAAGUACAUGAUUGAGACCAUCACCACCCUAUUUCUCUACAAGGGCGAGCUGCCGGCACAUGUGUUCAUGCUGCGCGGAAAGAAUGACAGCCUGAUGCUAAGCAGGAUCUAUGGCUUCUACGAUGAAGUCAAGCGUCGCAUGGGUGGAUCCGGCGGCGUGAAGUUGUGGAAGCACUACACGGAGGUCUUCGACUGCAUGCCGGUGUGUGCGCUCAUCCAGAGCAAGAUCUUCUGUGUAGCUUCCGGGCUCUCCCCGGAUCUGACAAGCCUCGACCAGAUACGAGAUCUUCCUAGACAAGAGGUUCCAGAUGAAGGUCUGCUUUGUGACCUUCUGUGGUCGACCUUCGAGCCGCAUGUGCUUGGCUGGGGAUGCAAGGACAAAGACGUCUCCUUCAACUUCGGCCCAGACAUCGUGUCUGGCUUUUUGGAGAAGCAUGGCUUGCAGUCCAUUUGCUGCAGCUCCGGUGUGGUUGAGGCUGGCUAUCAGAUAGAGCUUGACGGAGCAUUGACGAUUCUCUUCAGUGCUGCGGACUACGUCGGUGAGUAUGGCAACCUGGGAGCUGUCCUCCUCAUUGACCAGGACUUGCAGCAGACCUGCGUGCAGUACGCGAGCACCGACUGA